AUGGCGGACGCGGGAGACGUGACGGAAUCCCGCUGUGCUGUUUGUGAGAAAAUCGAGGACUUGAAGCGUUGUUCCCGUUGUCACGUGGUACAUUACUGCAGCAGAGAACACCAGAAGCAACACUGGAAAGUGCACAAAACAUCGUGCGUGGCGCAAAUUUCGAAAUCAGUUUACCCCGUCCACUUGCAGAGAGGCUCACAGCUUGACGAUGGCCAAAAACCGGAACUUUUCAAGGACGAGCGUUUCGAUGCCAGACCACUAAAACUUAUUCGUUUUCCCAAACCCCAAAAAUAUAGCCUGGGCUAUUUAGCUGAAUUUGCUAUAAGAAAUAUGACUCAACGCGGUUUUAGCAUUAUCGAUAAUUUUUGUAAAAAAUGUGACCCGCGUAAAAUAUUGGAAGAUGUGAAACGACUUCAGGACACGGGUGUUUUCAAAGAUGGUCGACUGAGUGGUGGCAGGACGAGUGGAGAUGCCUCAAAACAGAAAACAGAAUUGGCGUUACGAGGUGAUAAGAUAACUUGGUUGCAUGGAAACGAGGACGAGUAUCCUCACAUAAAGUUACUUGUUGACAGUAUUGAUUCUCUAGUGGCAAAAUUUAAUCUAUUUUCUCAGGGACAAUUUGUUAUUGGAGGACGAACUAAGAUUAUGGCUACGUGUUAUCCAGGUGGAGGUAGCGGCUAUAUACGUCAUGUUGACAAUCCAAACGAAGAUGGAAGACAUGUUACAUGCUUAUUUUACUUGAAUGAAAACUGGGAUGUGAAAAAGUCCGGUGGCUUAUUGAGAAUCUUCCCUAAUGAGGAAGAUUACGUUGACGUAGAGCCGAUUAUGAAUCGGUUGCUGCUAUUCUGGUCCGAUAUGAGAAAUCCACAUGAAGUGCAGCCAGCUUUCAGUACAAGGUAUGCUAUUACAACGUGGUAUUAUGACAAAUCCGAAAGAGAAAAGGCUAAAAUGGACAAAUUACGAGAAGAAAUAUCCACGCUAAAAGACGAUAUGGUUGCACUUGAAGUUGAAAAAAGGCAAGCUGAAACUGAUAUGCUGAAAAAUGAAAUUGAGACAAAGACUCAGAAUGCUUUGAAAGUACUAUCAGAUGAUGAACUAGAGGCAAUAACUGCUUUGAUUGAUGGUCAAUCUGAUCCACUUGGUAUGCUGACACAGAUGGGAGUGGCACCUAGCAUUCAGACAGCACUCAUGGAAAUGAUAGAAAAGAAAAAAAUAUCAAAUACCAAAUGAUUUGAAUAUUAAUGAGUUUUAGGUUGAAUUAAAGAUUGUGUGUCAUCUUUUUU